CCCUGAAUAUGCUUGUGAAGGCGAAAGUUAUGAAGUCAAUUCGAGACUUACAAGACUAUAAUAUGUCUCGUUGGUGUCGGCUCAGAAAACUUGUGGGAAACAAAUCAAGACAGCGAAGUUGCGGGUACAACAACGAAAGACUGGUUGCUUUUUGACCUCUUGCUCACGUUUUCCCACGUUUUCCAACGAUACUUGACCUGGAGUCUUAUAUUCUUCCCUCGAAGCACAUCUUAUACCUGCUCCAUCGCUCCAUUAUACUGACGCCCACACCGCCUCGAGCAGCCCAAGAUGGCUUUCUCGCUGACUUCUAAGCAAGUCGAGCUUCGUGGCUCAUGGCUGGCCGCCGUCUUGCAGAAGGAUGACGGCUCAUGGACCUUCUCCAAGCUCAACCUCAACGAACACGUCGGCAACAACGACGGCUCAUUCGACGUCACCAUAGAUAAAUGGUACAACACUGCGGAGAAUUGGUCGUGCCAUCUUCAAGGGCCCUUCCUCAGCGCGCAAUUGAAGACGAGGGAGGGUGCAUGGGCACCUGAGACGUCUAUCAACCUAGACUUGUUCGUCAGGAAUAAGGACGGCAACCUCGAGUUCCAGAAGCUGAAUGAAUCGUUAUUAUUCUACACCUCCAGCUUACAAAUCGAGUAUGCCAUCCUACGAGGCCUCGUCUUCGGCCGAGAUGGCAAGCUCUACCUUUCGGAGCUCAACCUCGACGAGAACAUCGGCAACAUAAACGGCAAGUUUGAGGCCGCCGAGAGACACUACUCCCGGUCCGGUCGAGAUUUCAAGCUCGAGCAGGGCCUAGAUACCGUCAAGCUCAGCGCCGAGCUCGCCGACUACGCAGGCACACACCAUCCGGCCGAGAUAGAUCUCGCUGAAAUCGUCGUAAACCGGAAUGGGAAACUAGCCUUCCUCAGACCGUACGUUCAUUAUCCCAUACUCACAAUACCUACAAUAACAAUGCCUACAAUCAAAAUACCUACCGUAAAAACAUGUGUCUCCACCGCCAUGUCAUACGCCGUCAGGAGAUAUACGACUUGGAAUGAGCCUGGGUUAACCGUGUCUUCUAGUGAGGAGAGCUCCAGCAAAGACAAAUGGGCGACUUCCAUCGCCGAACAGAUUCCCCUCGUAGGCUCCGCCAUCGCCGGUCUGCACCGUGUGACGGAUGAGAAAGAGAGUGAGCGUCUCUACCGAAACAUCGCCACCUCCACAAAUUCCGCCACCGUCACGAUCGGAACCGUCGUGGGCGCCUUCAUUGGCCGUGCCAUCCGCGGUCCCGUCAUCGGCAUGGUUCUCGGAGCCGGUCUAAGCACAACCCCCGGCAUCUUCAUCGAGGAGCGAGUCGCUGCCUCGAUCGAAGACGCCGAGGUCCGAAGCCAGAUCCAAGAGGCGGCAUUAGGUCGCUACGUCCUCGAGACGCUGCGGGAUAUGAUCGCCGUAGACCAGACGGUUGCCGUUGCACAAUUGCUCGACGAUGCCCUCAACCCCGAUAUCGACAGCUGGAAGAAGAACUUCGUAUUCUGGCUCGAGAAGCAAGAGAUCACACUCCUAGGUGAUUUCUCGCUCCACACGAUGCUCAAGAGAGUCUUCGCCCGAUUACGCAACGAACACGUAGUAGAAUGGGACCUAGCCCUAGACCAGCUCGCAGCCGUAACAGCGCGAACAACAACCCUCAAGCUCGAGCCUGAGCCUGAACCGGAACCGGAGCCAGUCCCUUCCAUCCUGGUCGAGGCACCCACCGCGGACCAAUUCCAGGCCGUAGAAGCAGCACAGGCCGUAGACUCUACCUUGGCCGCCAACGACGGAAAGCCAGCCACCUCCACCGGAGACGAGCCCCCCCAGUCCCCGACCGCAACGGCCGUCGAGCCGAACGAGAACUCCGGAAGCUCCACGCGCGCCAGCUCCCUCAAACGUGCGGCGACGACCCCGGGCCACCACGAUGCCGGGCUCGGCGCCAACGGCGGCACCAACGGAGCGGCCGGCAACGGCACAAACAAGUCGGCGGCCAGCGUUUCCCGAACGGGCUCUUCGCGCAAGGGCUGGCACAACGUGCUCGGCAUCACGAUGUUUCGGAGCUGGUCCCGCCACCGACAGCCCAAGGCCGUGGCAGUAUAGCCGCUACGGCAUGUCUUGAUGAUCGACGCCGUUCUCGAAGCUUACGCCUGCCGAUCGAAUCCGACGACGACGACGAAUCCGAUGAUGAAUGGAUGGAUGAGAGGAUGUCUCUCGAUGUGGACGUAAAUAUCGAAAUAUACCUACCGAAAUAUACCAAAGAAAGCAAGCGGAGGAGGAGGGGAAAGGGGAAGGGAUGGAUACGACUUGAAAUGGAACGGACCUCUUUUUGAUUUUUAUCCUUUUGAGCGCGAACGUAGUGGCAAUUUCUUCUGACACUAGACUGGACUGAUAUGGUUAUAUGGCGACUUAGGGAGGGGAAUGUAUGUAUGUAUGUACGAAUAACAACAUAGCAACGGUUCAGGCAUCGGGAUAGGUUAGGCAUAUGGCAACACAGCAUAUCUAGAAGAAUUGCAUCUAUUAGCAAUGGCACUCUCAUAAAGUGAAUCAGAUUUGUGCG